CGGAUCAAGAGAUUGUGGGUUUCCUUUCUCAGAGGUAGUCUCACAAGAAAAUGCUGCUUGUGACCUGUCCGGGAGAUGUCUUCUGCCCGCCCGGACAACGCCGGAACACCCCCGGACUACCGGGCGGCCGCCCGCCGAACGCCUUCCCUGCCUCAAUGCCUGGCCUAGUACCCCCGACAAACUUUCAGACUUGCGGUCGGGAGUCCCCUUGAGUGUAGUUUCAACGCUUGUCAUCUCGGCUCGCUUCUACCAAGGCAAUGAGAAAUAAUCAAAGUUGCAACAAGUGGUGAUCUUG